UGUUGGAGAGCCAUAGCCAGUGGGCAGGAGGUGUGUACCAGCGUUGGGGGUAUCAGGGGCAAAUACAGGUGAAGAUCCAGAACCAGACAGGAUAUUGGAGCACGUGUUGUAUAUUACAGUGUGCCAGGGCUCGUGGUACACACGCAGCACAACAGGAAACUGAACUCACAGUGCCUGGAGGCGGGGUUAUAGAAGAGUCCCCAAUGCAUCCUGGGACAGCUAAAGCUUUGCUUGUUGGUGCCUGGAUCCAGAUCCAUCUCUACACCCCAUUGUUUCCCUGUGAAACCCAAUGUACCUUGCAGAAAAAGAGUUAACAAUGCAGAGCAGGCCCUGAUGGACAUUUAGUGUGCGGCUGCUGAAGAGCUGGAGAGAGUAUGAUAAAGCACCAACCGCUACAGUACUACGAGCCUCAGUUAUGCCUGUCCUGCCUGACCGGGAUCUAUGGCUGCCGAUGGAAGCGGUACCAGCGGUCACAUGACGACACCACCAAGUGGGAACGUCUGUGGUUUGUGAUCCUCACGUUCACCUUCUUCCUCACCCUCACCUGGUUUUAUUUCUGGUGGGAAGUUCACAAUGACUACAAUGAGUUCAACUGGUUUUUAUAUAACAGAACAGGACACUGGGAUGACUGGUCCAUUCCAAUACUGUUAACUACUGCUGCUGCAUUCACCUACAACACAGCGCUCCUGAUCUUGGCAUUAUGUCACGUGGCUGUGGGGCAACAGCUGAACUUACACUGGCUACACAAGGCUUGUGUUGCCGUUAUUCUGGUAGGCACCGUCAUAGCCAUGGUGUCUAUAGAACAGAUGUGGCAGGAAGAGUGGAAUGUCCUAUUAAUUUCCUUCCAGGCGACGGCUCCGUUUUUGCACAUAGGGGCACUGGUCGCCAUCACUGUUCUGGCCUGGAUUAUCGCUGGUCAGUUUGCAAGAUCAGAAAAAGCCAUGUUCCAGGUCUGUCUAAUCCUGGCCUACUUGGCUGUAGUAAUUGCACUGUAUCUGGUCCCCCUCACCAUAACCUCACCCUGUAUUAUGCAGAAGUACGAGCUGGGGCCCAAACCUCUGAUUAUUGGCCAUGGAGGUGCACCUAUGCUCGCACCAGAAAACACCUUAAUGUCUUUUAGAAAGGCGCUAGAACAUGAGACGUCUGGGCUGGAAGUAGAUGUCAUGGUAAGUCUGGACGGCGUCCCGUUCAUAAUGCACGAUGACACGCUGCGGCGGACCACAAACCUCGCUCUGGCCUUUCCCGAGCUCCUCGACCAACCCUCCUCCAUGUUCAACUGGACCGACCUCGAGAGGCUGAAUGCUGGGGAGUGGUUCCUGAAGACAGACCCUUUCUGGACAGUCGGAUCACUUUCUCCAGCGGACGUCACCGAGGCUGGAAACCAAUCCAUUUGUAAACUUGCCGACGUGUUAGAACUGGCGAAGGAACACAAUGCUUCUAUCCUGCUGAAGGUCCACCCCCUGCCCGCCGAGCACCCUCAGUAUGGACAUUACAUCAACCUCACCGUCCACACCAUCCUGCAGUCCACAAUAUCACAGCACCAAGUGACGUGGCUCUCGGACCACGAGAGACCUCUGGUACAGCGUCUGGCUCCAGGCUUUCAGCAAGCCUCAAGUAUCAAGAGAGAUGCUAAAUACGUGAGGAACAGGGGAAUCACCUUACUGAGCCUGAGGUACACGGAGGUCGGCCAGGACGAGGUCAGGGAGUAUAUUUCGGAGAACCUGACAGUUAACACGUACAUCGUGAAUGAGCCGUGGCUGUACUCUGUGCUGUGGUGUUCCGGGGUCCAGUCCGUCACGACGGAUGCACCUCAGAUCCUCAGUAAGGUGCUUUUCCCAGUCUGGUUACUGUCUCCGGAUGAAUAUUCGCUCAUUUGGAUAACGGCCGACCUCGUAUCGUUCACUGUAAUUAUAGGAAUAUUUAUAUUGCAGAACUAUCACAUAAUCAGGUGGCGACUCGGCAGCAUUCGUACUUACAAUCCAGAACAAAUCAUGCUGAGCGCCGCGGUGCGCAGGACAAGUCGCGACGUCAGGAUAAUGAAGGAGAAACUCAUCUUUUCCGAAAUCAACAAUAGCAUGGAUACGGCUGACGAUCUUUCCCUGUGUUCUCAAAAUCGAUACGAAUGUUUCGCCAACGACGCCAUCAGUCCAACGCCAGACGGGAAAACCAAUACUCGCUAGAGAGAGAGAGCGAGGACCGAUGGAACAAAAGCGCUGCAAUUUUUUACAGUGAAACGCAGAACCUCUACUGAAGUCUACACUUUCCAAGUUUGGGACAUUUUAUGGGACGACUUUAUGCCAGGAUUUAUUUUUUGAUUUAUUUUUCUUUUUACAUUUUUUUUUCAUUGUUGUUGUAUAAUCUGGACUGUGAGUUGUAUAUAUGUAGAAAAAUAUUUGAUCCCCCUUGUUUUUUUUUUUUUUUUUUGCCCUUUGUGUAUUUUUGUGAAUAGGACACAAGCAAGUUCUUGUGUAAAUUUGUGAUUGGGCCAAGAGAGUGUUGAUCAUGCAGCCUGAGGAAACCUUUUAGUUGAUCUUCAGCCACAGUAGCUGGUCACCAUUCGGUCCACGUCUUUCUGAUGUACAUACCUUGCACUAGGAGGUUUUUUUUUGUAGACUGUAAGAGAACUGGUCUUCUCAAAUCCAAGGCGGCCAUUUUGUGUGAUGAACCAGCAUUCAUGCAAAUGCAGUUUGUCCCUUCACCAGGAACUUGUGACCUAGCAGAUCCACUCCCUGACCAAAUAUUUGUGGUACUAGUACCUACUGAGUCGUGGGCCACGUUCUCGCGGAUAAUGGCUCGCACAAAAUGGCUGCUUACACUGUGUGUAUGUGACUGGUGCUAAUUAGGGAAGUAGGUGCAGAGUUCUUCCUCACAGGUUAAGGAGUUUUUUGGAUUGUGGUCCAAAGACUGCAGUGAUUGACAGCCAUGUUUCAGCACUUUGGAGGCGGUUCAAUGAGAUCCCCCUAAAUGCACAUACAUUGAUUUAAAUUGCUUCAUCACCGUGCAUAGUUUAACAAAGGUUAUCGUACACCUGCCAUUUAUGCACAAUGCAGGCUGCCAAUUAUGGGCUGUUCUGAUGCCCAUGAUAAUGCAGUCUGUGAAUUCUUUAGUGACCAGUGAUGUCACGGUGCCCCAAUGCAUGAUGUCACUGACCUGUAGUCCUCCAGAGAAGCUGCAGUCUCAUCCACAGUGGUUCACUCUGCAGCUGUGUGUAACAGAGACUUUUGCAAAGUCAAAUAACUGUGGUGCGGGACGGGUUGUCACAGCGUGAAAUGCACUUUUCAAAUAUAAAUAAUUUCACUGUCAAAAUCAGCCAAAGGGAGCAGGGAUAGCAUCACAUAACCACUUCAUUGCAGGUGACUAAAUUGGCAUCUGCUUUAUAAAAAGCUUUCGGUUAAUCUGCGUAAUAUUAUUACUAAACAAUAAUGUCACCCACGUCGAUAACGCUGGACAUUUUAACUCUAUACAAAGGGUUAAAUCUUCCCUCUAUCUGGACUGUACGCAGUGGGAUGGAAUAGGGUGGAACAUGAUGUGAAUAUUUGGGGGAGUUCCUUUAGUAAUUUAUAGGUAGUGGGUGUCAGACAAUCUUCGUAAUAUAGACACGGUGUAACACGCUGACCUUUCACCUUGAUAAACAUUAAUGAAAUCUAGGAUACUUUGUAGCAUAAGUAAACGUUCUGUGACUGUAUGAGUUUACAUAUUCAUGUUGUCCACAGGACAUUGACCUCUACAGUGACUUCUAAUAUUCCUGUAAUUUACAGGAAAUGUAUGAUCCUUAUAAUACACAUAUGGGAGACUGCAAUCCAUACAUUAUUCUGAAUACUAGUGGGGUAAUAUCCAUUAUAUUUACAAUGGGGUGUGCAUUCUUUCUUAUAAUACACACAUUUCCCUAUAAAACACUCAACUGAUGACAUCACACUCAGGCUAUAACCUAUGACAUCAUUACUGUUUAUGCAAAUAUUCUAAACAGGUGUUAGUACAUAUAUUAACAUCACUCGUGUAACAGAAGGAUAUUAGAAGUCACAGAGGAUUUAUGUGGCCAGAUAGAGACUGCGUUUUAUACAGAUCACGGAAAUUCACGCUUCUUUUACCACAGAGAACUUUAAUUCUUAUGAUAAACAGGUUUCCCUAACAUUUUAUGGUGGGUUUGUGUGAUAAGUUGGUAACUCACCAUUUUUAUAAAUAUUUUACACCGGAGUUUAUACACACUGUAUUACAAGGUCACGUGUAUUAAAACUAUAUAAAAAUCACUUUAUCAUACGUAUUGUGGGAAAAGGCAAAGUCAAUAUAAACCGGUAGCCGAAAACCAAUCGUUCUCUUUAGGAACUCUCUUCCUCUUUAGUUUCAUUAGCUUGUGGUCUGUACACAAUGAGGCCCCGCCCACUGUUAGGAUGACAUCACACCUGCCCAGUUAGGGUGACAUCACACACCGCACUCCUUUCCCCGUUCUUUAUAUCUGCGCAUUUUAUUCUUGCUGUGAUCUGAUAAAAUAAACUUUAUUUCACGCUUUCUUUGUACCUGAUAGCACCGUUUGAGAGAUUUCUGUGGUGAAUUCAUAGCACACGGACAACCGUUGCCCUUGGUAACCACUUGUCUUUCUCAAGUAAUUUAGAUUAUCUGUCAUUAGCUGUCAGGCCUCCUGUUUUCUUUCAUUUUGCGAUGAAACCAAUUAGUAAUAACAUAAUUAAAGGCUGUAUAACACUACUGGCAAGAAAUCGUUUUUCAAAAACCUAGUUUUAGGUUUCUCUAUUUUUAUUUAUCUCAAAAUCCAGUAUAAAUAAGUGUAAUAUCCUGUUAUUUUUGGCCUCUCAGCACUUUUUACACUAAGGGAGAGCUAAAGAACCCUUCAUCGUACAUAUCAUUUAUGAAUUUAGGGAAAUAAGGCCAUAACACUAGAGUAACCUUUGUCUGCCACAUGGUGGCGCCAUAUCUCCUAAAUGGGAAAAUGACAGUGAAACCGUAGUAAGAGGAUAUAUUUACUAUAUAGUGACUGAAUUACCAGAUCUUUAAUAACCCACUUUAGGGGAUGCAAAUCUGCUCUCCCUGUCUGUGCUGGCACUGAAAGGGUUAUUAACCAGGAUCUCGCAUUACUCCACCUUAUUGCCCAUUGUUUUAUGUUAACAUCAGUUACCGGGCUGAGGCGUUGUCACCGUGGCCAGCGCGUUCCCUGGCAUAUCUGCAUCGAUCCGCAACCGUCCUCCCAAAACAGUAUUUAUUUUGGUGUCUUCUUUAAACAGGCUGUAUGUAAGAUAAUGUACAUGUAAUUGUAUUUUAUUGGAGAAUAAAUGAAUUUCCUAUGGUUUCCUACCAUCUA